CAAGUCGACAUUGUUUAGGGAAUCAGCUGAUGCAGGAAAGCCUCCCCCGACGGCGCAGGAUGCACGUAAUAGUGUUCUAAUCCUCUCACUUCCGCUCCUUUCGAGAGAUCCUGACACUCCAACCAAGCUCAAAAUGGGUUGCUGUUGUGGAUGUAAGUUCUGUUGCUGUGCACUUCUUGUGGGCAUGGUGAUUAUUGCAGCUAGCCUAGGUCUCUUCAGUGCCUUCUUCCCAUAUCCAAGCCAUGCCUCGUGCCGCGUUGACUGGGUAUUUGGUACAGCCUGCCCAACAGUGAAGUCCAAGCUUAUUGAACAGAUGAAGAGCUGGAGCCAUGGUGACUGCUCUUCGAAACAACAGUGCAACUAUGAGUACCUGGGUGAAGAUGGUAAUGUUAUCCGAGGCUUGCACAGAACUCCUUUACUCAAGUUUGAGGAUAAGCUGAACUUCACCAUGAAUAGCAAAAGUGGAAAGUGCCACGUAACGGGGGUGAGCGAGUCUGGAGUUUCCUAUGCUGUGAUAGAUUUUGGAACAAACUACUGUAACUUGCGCAACUUAGUAAUUGGCUCAAGACUGGAUGAGAAUGAUAGGUUUUAUAAAGAGAAUUCAACCAACGGAGUUUGUACAAUGUACUCGAUUGCUCAUUGUAAUUUAUAUACCUAGGGGGUAGACUGCUAAUGCAAAAGAAGAGUGGUGGGUCAAUAAUACAUACUUUUCUCUGGAAAUCUGCACUCAUUUUCAAAUGCCUCAGGUCAAAUUACAUUAAGAAAAUAUUAUAUUUAAAACUACAAUUGCCAGAAUUGUUUUGCAAAUACUUCAGUCUUUUAUAAAUGUGUACUAUGGAAGGGAACCUUUUUGACUAUUGCAGCAUGUCCGUAUUAGCAAAAACUCCUUUGCACAAUUAAAAACAAAUGGUAAACCCUUCAUACCUAAAACUUUUCUCUAGACUAAAUUAUUAUUGAUAGUAUAUUCACAAAAUAUUUACAUGCAAAUUUAUAUAAUGAUAUCAUGUGAUUUGAUUAUGGAGGCCUAUGAAGCAUCAUUUCACAAUAUUGAAUUUUACUUUUCUGUUGUUCUAAAAUCCAGAUGAUCAAAGCAUGUCCUCCAAAUAAGCUUCCGUAAUUACAGUUAGGUAGAGUUUAUUUGAUUCGUAUCCAUGUUCAACUUUCCUUUUUCUGUAUUUGUGCAAAUUUUAGUUUUAAAAAAUGAAAAGAAACCUCCAUGUUAUCUGUAAAUUUCGAGCCAACUCAAGCAGACAAAGAUACCGGCCGAUGUAAACUGCAAAUGUAGGUGCUUUUGAGAAGGGUAUUUUAGCACCAUGUUUAUUAUCCAGUUUCAAGUUUUGUCAUAUAUGAGGCUGCUUUCACAUUAACGAUCAGCUUGGAUGCUGUAUCUAACUCUACGUGUCCUUGGAUAAUAGUGGCGGUGGCACUUUACACAUACUUAAAGUAAUAGUUCCUAAUUGUCUUAUGGAGGUUUGUUACUCACAAUGCAAAAUGAAAUAAUAAUGUGCUGUGCUCUUCAGUUCUGCCAACCCCAAGUUAUCUGGUACAAUGCACAAGUUAAUGUAGCAGUCAGCCAUUUCUAUUUUUUUCUUGAAAGGUUUAAUUAUUCCAAAAUAUUCAUGCUUCUGUGUUCUUUAGAUGUCACAAUAUGUCUUACAGGCACAAGCACAUGUAAUUUACAAGUAUGCUCUUUCAUACUGGACUUGCAUUUGUACUCUUAAUUAUCUUGGACACAAGAAUACUAACAUGUUUCAGUAUGAUUAUGAGAGCAUGCAGUGUAUGUGAUGUUCAUUCAUUAUUUUAUGAUGUUCAAUUUCUUUUAUGCAUGGCAUGUCUAUCUUGUACCAUUCUGAGAAAAAGAGUGAAUUACCAUUCAACAGCAUUAUAAAUCUCAUGAAUGUGAACAAAUAACAACGUCUAAAGAGACUUGGUGUCUUCCAUCUAUUAUUACAGCUAUAGAAAUGCUCUACACUUGGUUAACUGACCAUGCUAUGACGGAGACAAGGAAAUAAUUAUGUAUUUUUCACAUUUUGGUGCCAUCUGUCUAGUUUUUAAGAAAAUAUGAAGGAAAGUUCUCUGAUUGUGUUCAUGAUUUUUAUUAGAGCUAUGAAAAUCUUUGUUUUGUAGCCAAGUAAAGGGCAUUGAAGUGUUUGUACCAGAUUUUGUAUAUAAGGUGAUGUUUGAUAUUUUCUAGCAAAUGACUCAGUAUAUUAAAGAAAAGGAAUAUGAAUCUUUCUAUGUAUUUAAUAUGUAAUGCUGAAUAUGGCAUGGUAAUCUCAUGUUACGAAUCUGAAGAUUUUAUGUGUUUGACCAUAUUUAGUUAGAACAGUGAUAUAAGUAUAUAUUUUACUAUGUUAUAGACAUUUUAUGCUGGUGAUGGAAAAGUACUUUAUAGUUUUAAAAAGCAACUGUGAAUUAUAAGAAUAAUCAGUUGCUUCUAAAAUAUGAAAAUAUAGCUUAACUAGAUAUGCCUUUCUGUUUUAUAUCUCGUAUUGUGGAUUUUUUUAGUUUAUGUACAAAUACUGUUCUAUAUUUUGGAGCCUCUGUUGUAGGCACAUGUAUUUCUUAGGAAUUUAUUGUUUUCAUUAAGAAAAAAAGUUUUCUAAGGCAGACUCAUUGCCUCUAGAGCUGUACCUCAUUUCAGAUCAGUAUUUCUUAGUUCCAUGUGGUCUUGUCACAUUUUAAUUUUUCAUUCUCAUUCAAGCUUUAAAAACUUGGUUAUUGACACUUCAACAUUCACACUGUUCUCAUUGGCCUUUUCUCUGUUUUUGCAGAUGUAUUUUAGUGAUAUUCAAAUCUUUAAUCACAUUCAGUAGCAAUAAGAUUCUUCUGUCUUGUCCUAUUACAAUACUCUGAAAUUCUUUUUGUAAUAGUCACAUAUGACAGUAUGAGACAGCUAAUCAGUUGCCUUUUUUUUUCUUCAAUUUUUUUUUUCUUCCUGCUUUCAUGAAUCUUGCUAUGCUUCAGAUUGGCAAUGAAUGUUGCUCUGGGGAAUAUCUAUCGUACAUGUGCAAGAAUUUGCUGCAUACUUCCAUAGUAUUUGUUAUUUUAUAAAACCUAGCCAGCUGAAAUUUAUUCUCUAAAUAGUUCAUAUAGAUACUUCCUUUCAAAAUACAGCUUCUUAGCAAGUCUGCUAGAUGGUGACCCCUGAAUCCUCAUUGCAGUUCUAGUUUCAGUGAAAAUAGUUGCUAUAUUUUGUGUAUAACACUUAACUGUAUUUGUGUACUAACUGGAUUUUUUUCUGUUCAUGAUUCUGUACUUGAAAAGAUAAAUAUUUGGAUAUUGGAUUUAAAAAGUGUCCAUAGUGAAUUGGUUCAGUUUGUGCUUUUAAGUGUUUUUGUAUUAUAGUAAUGACAAAGUAUAGUGAAAUGGAGAAACAAUAAUGUGAAAUAAGCUAUAUAAAAUGUUGAAACUUUUGGAAGUUAUUACAGGUGUUGUCAGUUGUUAAAAUUUAUACUGAUGUAGAAGUGGAUACGAAAAGGUUAUUUUUAUAGAGACCAUUUUUCACAGCUUCAUUCCAUACAACAUCAUAUAGCCUAUGCAUGGCAGUCACUUCAUAUAAGAAAAAAUGAAUAAGAUAGUACAUAUGCAGUUUAUACACGUAUAUAUUAAUUUUAGAAGUUGUUAUAAUAAAAGAAACAAAAAACAAAACUAUAUACUCAUUAUGAUCUGUUGCAGCUACAUAACUAUUGUAGGGCAUAGCAUAUUUCUGUAAUGCCCCCCCCCCCCCCCCAA